AUGCCCAACCAAAUCAAAGAGGAUCUCCACACGGUGGAUGAGAAGUCAUUCCCUUACAUCUUUGAACAGAAUGCUACUGUUCCUCUCAAGGCCGGCGAUGGACUUGUUCGUUUGAACGUCUAUCGUCCCAAGGGCGUUGACAAGGUUCCCGUCCUCGUCACAUACGGACCUUAUGGAAAGGAUAUUUCAUAUCAAGAUUUCCACCCCAAAUCCUUCAGCGAGGUGAAUCCUCAGCACAAGUCCGAACACUCAGCAUGGGAAACUCCAGACCCUGCCUUUUGGACAAAGAAUGGCUAUGCUAUUGUCCGUGCAGACGAGCGAGGCCUUGGCCAAUCUAGCGGCAAACUAGACACCAUGUCUCGCGGCACAAGCGAAGCUUUCUUUGAUGUCGUGGAGUGGGCCGCCGAACAACCCUGGUCAUCCGGCAAAGUUGGUCUACUCGGCAUCAGCUACUACGCGGGUAGUCAGUGGCGCGUCGCGGCAAGAAAACCAAAGGGUCUGAGCGCUAUUGUGCCCUGGGAAGGCAUGUCGGAUUAUUACAGGGACCGAUGCCGCCACGGUGGUAUUCUGUCAAACGCUUUUAUCAAGUUUUGGUGGAACCGACAAGUCAUUACGAAUCAGUAUGGACGACCAGGCCGAAGCGCAAGGAAUUGGGGCCCAGACACUAUCGAGGGUGAUUUGCCCGACGAUGAGCUUGAAGCCAACAGACAAGACCAGACCAUCGACAACCAAGCCAAUCGGUUCCGCGACGAUGCUUACUACGCAUCCAAGGAAUACGACAUGGGUGACAUCGAAGUUCCCCUGCUGUCGGUUGGCAACUGGGGUGGAAUUCUUCUCCAUUUACGAGGCAACAUUGAAGGCUACAUCCAUGCCGGAUCCAAGUUCAAGUAUCUCCGUCUUAUCACCGGCCGCCAUGACCUCCCCUUUUACUACGAAGAGGAGGUAGAGAUUCAGCGAAGUUUCCUCGAUGCUUUCCUCAAGGGUGAAGACCGCGUUGGUUGGUCGGAAAAGGGCAAGGUUUCGCCUGUCAGUCUCGUCCUUCGCAAAGGCAAUGUCGGCUUCAAUGAUGCGGAAAAGGAGAAAGUUUAUCCUCGUCGAGAGGAGUCCGAGUGGCCUAUUGCACGAACACAAUACAAAAAGCUCUUCCUUACCCCAGAGCAAGGACUCAGCUGGGAUGAGCCCAAGACCGACCGCAAGAAGCUUUCCUACAAGGCAUUGGGUACCCUAGAGAAGCCCGAGGUGCUGCAAUUCUCUACACCGGCAUUUGAAGCAGAGACGGAAAUCACAGGUCACGUUGUCGCCCAUCUCAACGUUUCUGUUUCUCCCGACCCAUCAGGUCCCACACCCAGCGACAUUGAUCUCUUUGUAACACUACGGCACAUCGACCCUUCUGGCCAAGAAGUCUUUUACACUGGCACAGCAGGUGAUCCCGUGCCUAUUACAAAGGGUUGGCUGCGCGUGUCUCUACGCAAGGUGGACCAAGAACACCCCAAGCAUCGCGAGUGGCUCCCUCAUCGCAACUAUACCAGCAAGGAUGUUCUCCCUGUGAUACAGGGUGAGGUUUACGCUGUGGAUGUCGAGGUUUGGCCUACAAACGUGGUGGUUGACAAGGGAGGCAAGUUGGUGUUUGAAGUUGCGUCUGGUGAUACUCAGGGAUCCGGCAUUUUCCAGCAUAAUGACACUGUCGACAGAUCUCCCGAGAUAUUCCAGGGGCACAACCAUAUUCACUUUGGUCCGCGACAACAGAACUACAUCACUCUUCCUGUGAUCCCCAACUAG